CACUGUGUUUAUUUUGCAUCUCAAAGUUCCUUUUAUGCUGUGAUACUUAAGAGAAACCGGCAGCAGUGAGCACUGAGGAGCUUCCAACUGCAGCUCUGCGCGGCUCCUAACGCCAACUGGCUCCAGCCAGCACGGAUGUGGGGGGGAGCUGGGUGCUGCAAGUCCUCCCUAUUCCUUCAGUCGUGGGGACGAAGGACUCCUGCUGUUGGUUUUUCUCCCCCUCUCCUCUUACUGGUGGUCUUCAACACGAUCACAGUAUGCACCACAAUGCUUUAAAACAGCAAAGCUUCUGGAAAACCCAAACAAAAGGAACGUCACCAGGUGACGUCAGCCUAUAUACAGCCCUGUGUGGUCGCAGCGCAUAAGCAAAUCCAUUCUUGUGCCGCUUCCCUGAAAAGCCUUUCAGUAAAUGCACUCAUGCUACUACAGGAGCUUCUCUCAGCAAUAAGCCACCCAUCUGCCAUCAACAAGUUAGGACUAAAGGAAGCCACAGCCGCGGAAAGAGAAAACGUGAGCUUCACUUAAACAGCUGAGCAGCCACAGAGGACGGAAACUUGUAUUAAGCCUCAAAUUAAAGAUUGCAGACCUGUCAGAGGAGAUCAAGCCAGUGAUUUCAAAAGGAAUAUUCCAAGAGAGCCUCGUGGAUUCGAUUUUGCACUAAUAUCAAAGGACACCGAACCCGGUAAAUUAUUCAAAGGCUUUCUUAUAUUAGAGCCUUUUACAGACUCACCACGUUGAGUCUAAAACUACGACUGAAUGCAACCUCCAAUGUACUCAAAAGAAUGGGCUUACAUUUCAAGUGGCCAUUAGGGGCUCGUAUGCUGGCAGCACUAUAUGCAAUGAGUAUGGUUUUAAAAAUGCUGCCUGCCUUGGGCAUGGCUUGUCCACCAAAAUGUCGCUGUGAGAAGCUGCUCUUUUACUGUGACUCUCAGGGGUAUCACUCAGUGCCAAACACCACUGAAAAGGGCUCGCUAGGUUUGUCACUGAGGCACAAUUAUAUUUCUGAACUUGAAAGGGAUCAAUUUGCAAGCUUCAGUCAACUUACUUGGCUUCACUUAGAUCAUAAUCAAAUUGCAACAGUCAGAGAAGAUUCUUUUCAAGGACUGUAUAAACUUAAGGAAUUAGUCUUAAGUUCCAACAAAAUCUUUCAUUUGCCAAACACAACUUUUAGCCAGCUGCUUAACCUGCAGAAUUUGGACCUCUCUUUUAAUCAGUUAUCCUCUCUGCACCCCGAGCUCUUCUACGGCCUUCGCAAGCUACAGACCUUGCACUUGCGAUCCAACUCCCUGCGGACCAUCCCGGUCCGCCUGUUCUGGGACUGUCGUAGCCUGGAGUUCCUGGAUUUGAGCACAAACCGCUUGCGAAGUUUGGCUCGCAAUGGAUUUGCAGGAUUAAUCAAGCUGAGGGAGCUUCACCUCGAGCACAACCAGCUGACAAAGAUUAAUUUUGCUCACUUCCUCCGGCUGAGCAGCCUGCACACGCUCUUCUUGCAGUGGAACAAAAUCAGCAACUUGACAUGUGGGAUGGAGUGGACCUGGGGCACCUUAGAAAAGCUCGAUUUGACUGGAAACGAAAUCAAAGCCAUCGACCUCUCCGUCUUUGAAACUAUGCCUAACCUGAAAACCCUCCUCAUGGAUAACAACAAGCUCACCACCCUGGAUUCCAAGAUCCUGACUUCCCUGAUGUCCCUCACCACUGUGGGCCUCUCCGGCAAUCUGUGGGAAUGCAGCCCCAAGAUCUGCGCUUUGGCCACCUGGCUGAGUGGAUUCCAAGGUCGGUGGGAGCACUCCAUCCUCUGCCACAGCCCCGACCACACCCAGGGAGAGGAUAUUCUGGAUGCAGUCUAUGGUUUUCAGCUUUGCUGGAAUUUAUCAACUGUUGUUACGACCGUGGCUACGACGUACGCAGCUCCGACUACCGAGUACCCCAAAAGAAUAAGCUCUUCUCAUUUCCAUAUGGGAGACAAAGAGAUCCCAACUACAGCAGGCAUGGUCGUUACCACCGAAGAACAUUUCCCUGAGCCAAACAAUGCCAUCUUCACUCAGAGGGUAAUUACAGGAACAAUGGCUUUAUUGUUUUCUUUCUUUUUUAUCAUUUUUAUAGUGUUCAUCUCCAGGAAGUGCUGCCCUCCCACAUUAAGAAGAAUCAGGCAGUGCUCAAUGAUUCAAAACCACAGGCAGCUCCGCUCCCAAACGCGGCUGCAUAUGGCAAAUAUGUCAGACCAAGGACCCUAUAACGAAUACGAACCCACCCACGAAGGACCCUUCAUCAUCAUUAACGGCUACGGACAGUGCAAGUGUCAGCAGCUGCCGUACAAAGAAUGUGAAGUAUAAUACCCAUAUGCCAUCCCAAAUGAAACCAGAUAAGUAACCUAUUUUAAAAUUGUAGGGGACCUACAUCAGAGUCUAAUUUUUACAGAUGUUGACAUAAAGCCUAAUUUUCCAAGCUCCUUAAUGGAAACAUUGUUUAUGGAGUGGUGCAGUAUUUUUAAGUUGGUUUGUUUCUUUUUAAAUGAUAAACCCAUACUAUUUUCAGUGUUAAGGACGCAAUGGAUUACAUUAAACUUGCACUCCUAAUGUUGAAAAGUCUCAAAAGAUGCUCACCUCCAACUCUGUAAGAUGUUUCAUGUUUAUGUAAUUCUAUGACUGUGUGUAAACAUUUAGACCCGAGUCUCCAUAUUUGACUUUUGCUACUGAAAGCAGUGGGAGGGGAAGGAUGCUGGAGAGGGCACAGAGCUCUGCGGGGGGACAUACGCUCCGUUUGUUCCACUGCAGCUGGAGGAUCCCAACCGCUCCAGCUGGCUCCGGUCACUUUAAAGGCAGCCCUGGAGGAGGAUUUUCCUCCUCUGAUAAUCUCACUCCAGUUAAAAAUACAAACAAAAAGAAGGGUGGGGAAACAAGAAAGGAGCAGCAAAGGGUCCAGGUGGGAAAUUCGGUGCAUUGGGGACCUGGAGAUUUAUUUUAAAUGCAGUUUUCCUACCUGCACAUUUGGUUUGGCUUAACUGGACCUUGCUAAAGCUCAGAGGAGCUACAGAAAGGAGCAGUUCACACGGUCACAAAUGAGCAGGAUGAUCACAGAUUAGGAGGAUGGUCACAAAUGAGCAGGAAGGACUCUCCAGGCACUUAAAAAGUGGCAGCAUAGCUUGUUUAGGAAGGCUCAGUACAACAGGAUCGAUUUGAAAUAUUAAGUGCAUUUAAUUCUUAUCGGCUCUCUGGUUUGCCUCGCUGCUGCUUUUCAUGAAUUCAGGCUAAUUACAUACGCCUAUGAACAAACAGCAUUUCAUGUGUAAAUACCCUUAAUGCAAGUUUUUCUUAAUUAAAAGUAAAUAUCAAGCGGGAGGGUGAGGAGAAGAGGGAAGGGAGGAAGAAGCCUCUCUUUGUCCCCCCGCUCCCUCCCCCAGCUGAGGCUUCCUCUCGCCUGAAAGCUAUUUUCAUGCACUAACUCCACUGGUUUCUCUGGAGACAGAAUUAGCCCCUGUAAUAUAAGCUCUCACUUGUCCUCCCUCUUCCUAAAUUCAAGGUAACUACCAGUUUAAACCCCCCAAUCCCUUACCUUCUGGUAAAUUAGGAUAAUAUAAUUAGGUUAGAGAAUAGUUCACUGAAAAAUGUUUCAUUUCUUACUUGAUGUGGCACAGAAUUUAAACUAGUGUAUGUUUAAAGAAAUCAUAUAGAAAUAUAUAUACACACACGCGCACCUCAUUCUUCAGGAGCAAUUUGAUUUCUUGAGGCAGAAGUACCAUAUUGCUAUUUAUACUCUAUUCUGAAAUUCUAUGUAAAUAGUUGCAGAUCUAUGCAGUGGUGCUGGUACUCGGGUGCCACAGGGGGAGAAAGGGGGGAGCUGCAAAGGAUUCCAGUAUUUUUAAGUCAACUGCUCCAAUCUUGGAAACAUUCGAACCAAAGCUAAAAGGACCAGAGGGAUGGAAGGGUUUUAUAUAUAUAUAUACACAUGUAUGUAUAACUCAAAAAAACCAAUGUGUUGUGUCCAGUGCUGCAGUGUCAAACAAUUCCCAGCACACAUGGAUGAAGAAAUUCCUCACAGUGUUGCCAUACCUUGACCAAAUCAGUAAUUGCAGUAUGCUAAUUGUGUUGUACUCAACUACUCUGCAAACUUUCUGAAUGGAAAAGAAAGCACUGCAUAAAAAUCUGUUUGCUAUUUCACUCUGCUUUUCUAUAUCUGUAUUACCACUUAGUGAGGUAUUUAGGGUGCAAUUAUACAACAGUUUGAUGUUUUAUUGUGGAAUGAAGUCGUCCAAGGCAAUUCUAGCAAGAUAAGUGACUUCUGUUCAGAUUUUACAUAAAGCUUUUUCCAGUGACUGGGUUUGAAGAUAUUAAUUUGCAUCAUUUUGCUUUCACAUCCAGUGCCCUUAUUAUAAAGCAAAUUUUGUUUACUUCCUGUGACUCUGUACUUUAAUGGAAAAGAUUCAGUGAAGCCUAAUGGUUUUCCAUAGAGAUAUUUGAACCCUUGUAACUAUUUAUACUCCAAUGAGCUAAUUUACACACUGUAGGAAAUCAAUUACUGCUUUAAACUGAAUACAAUAAAUGCCGUGGGGCAGGGGGACAGAGAGCAAAUAUUCUGUAUGAUUAAAUUCUACGCAGGCCAAAAGGCCAGACCCAAGCUGAUAAAUACAAAAAGGUACUGGUGUCCAAGGGUAUCAAGGAAGACUUGCCACAUUCCUUACCACACCAGCUCCUCCCUUAUGGCCAGGGUUUUGUUCUGCUCUGGGCAGGCAAGCAGGCAUCACUGUACACCUCCCUUACCUCCAACAUGAUAGCCUGCAGUGGGAAGCAAAUACUUUGGGGCUGAUUCUAAUGUACAGCUGUAGGGUACCCACAAAGACCGAGUUAUAACUGAGCUCAUUAAUUACACUGGCAGCCAAGUAAUCUGGCUACACGCUCAUCAACCAUCAGAUGUCAAUGCUGAACUCUGAUGUCCUCAGCUGCUUUUGCAAGAAGGAAUUCCACCUCUCUCCUUCACACCCAGCAGAAACCCUGCUGGAAGACAGUUCAGGAGGUACCAUUCAGUCUUCCACAUGGAAACGAGAAGUGGCUGCUUGACUGAAGCGCCAAGGUUCCUCCCAACGAGGUGCUUUCCCACCACUCUGUGCAGAGGCUCACUCCAUCUUUGUUAGCAUAUAAUUAUGCCCAAGAAGAGAAAAGACAGAUGUUCCAGCAAUGCUGGAUUUAAUCCUCUUUUCCAUCCCAGUCCCUCAUACCAAUUUCCCAAGCAUUAUAACAAAGACACCCAGGCACCCAACUCCCCUUCCCCACCACUGUUCCAAGUCCCACUGGUCCCACAGUGCUGCCCUGCCUCACAGGCACCAAAGCAGGGUCCAGCAGACACAGCCUCACACGGCACUGCACAGUUUUACCUCUGCACUACACAGGAAUAUGCAGCCAAUCUCCCAAAUGCCGUGGUUUAUGUCUGCCAUUUCCAAAACCAUUUGUUGCCAGGUUCCAGGCAUAAGCAGAGCAAUUCUGCAAACAUUACAUUUAGAGUAACAGGUAUCAUAAAACUCAUAGAAUGUCAAACACUAGCAGUGAAGUCAGCUUGAAUUCCCUUAGGAGAGACAGGGAACGGCAGGCAGAGCUUUACACAAGGACACAACCGGAGGCUGCUCUCUAUUAUUUCUUUUCUUUUUUUUUUUUAAAGUUACUGUCUUUCAGGAUCAAUUGCUUGUGACUCUUCCAGGAAAGGAGGGAACUGUAAUAAUGGUGUUACUCAACAGUCUUUGAUUUAUUUUAUGGCACAAGAACCAUGACGAUUUGGUUUAAAUUAAUAGUGUUUCAGCUUGAGCACUGGCUGAUGAUGAGAGGUUGUUCAUUUGCUCUCCCCAAAUAUCAUCUCUGUGGCUCAGCCUUAGUUUCUACAGGUAUUCCACAGGUGCUCCACCCCCUUCAAGCACAGCCUCACCCAAGAGCUCAGGGCCUUUUAGAAAUGAGAACUUCUCCUACUGCUCUUGAGAUCCACAUCCCACCCAAAGGUCUCCUCCAGCCUCACUUAUCUCCAGCCAGCUUCUGCUCCUCCCCACCCCUGCAUCAGGGAAAUGAAUGCCAGCAGUACCAGAUCAGUUUGAGUCAUCACGCUGGAACAGGUCUGAAUUAAUGCUUCCAGCUCCCCUCUUGGUAGUUGCUUUGCAUUAGAUCAUGUUUAAAUGCACACAACUAAGGAUUACUCGAUGAAGAGUGAAAUGGGUUAGCGGUUAGUCUCCAGCUGAAGCGCACCUCUGCACAAGGCUCCCAUCAGAUGGAAACGUAAUUAAUACUGCUGCAUCAAUGUUUGGUUUUGCUUCCUUUCCCUCCAAGCAGAAGUUAUUUCAUUUUUCAGCAAUAAGCAAAUCCAAGCAGCUGAGCUUUAUGUCCCAUUAGCCCCCUUACAAGACACUGGCCUACUGCUAACACGUCAAAUCAGAAAUAUCCAGCAGCUUUAAACCAGAAACCUGCACUAGACCCUUUAUUUAAUGUGUCUAAGUUAAUUCCUGUACUGCUUUAAUGAAAAUAAAGUGGAUUUAAUUUUGUGAUCUGCGUAGCUAUCAAAAUCCAUCUGUUCAGACUUAUGAAAUCUACCCAGAAGCUGAGUUUCAUCUUUCUGGAGAAGCUUUCCAUGAAAAUUAAAAGUUCAGUGAGAGAUACAGUAUUUUUUUCCACA